AUAAUUUUCACGCUUCUACAAUGUAACAUUUUGUUCAGUGUUUGUCAGUUCAGUAAGAAAGGGGCUAAAACGAUUAAGUUUGAGGUAUCUAACUGCAAAGUGGCUACUUUUCUCACUUGCUAAUGUUUAUGUGGUUUAAGGCGAUAUUUCUGCUCUUCCUCUGAAACAGGAAGAAGCAUAGACACUGUGACCAGCUCCUCUCAUGAACAUGCACUCUGCUGUAGACAUGAUGUACCCUCUGAUUCUCUCUGUGAUUUUACUUCACAUCACAGAUGGAGCUGGAACUCAGAGCAUGAAUAUAGGAGUGAUAUCUGCAGCACCUGGCAUUAUUCCAUGUCUCUAUGAUGAUACACAUAAAGAAAACCGAAAAUACUGGUGUGAGGGGUCACACUGGAUCUCUUGCAGUAUAUUGGCAUAUGCAAAUAAGACAGGAAAAUAUUCCCUGACUGAUUAUCCAGCCCAGAGUAUUUUUACAGUGCAAUGGAAGAAUCUGAAGACCUCAGACUCUGGAUAUUACUGGUGUGCUGUGGAGAUUGGUGGCAAAAUAGACAAAGGUUAUUAUUUGUAUCUGACAGUACAAGCAAACCCUGAUGUGUCUGUGGUGAACAGCAGUGUAUCUGGACAUGAAGGUGGUGAUAUCAGUGUUCAGUGUUUCUACAGUUCUGGAUAUAAGAAUAAACUCAAACAGUGGUGCAGAUAUAAAGAUCAGAGCUGUUACACAGUGGGGAGGACUUACACAUCCCAGAAUUCAUCAGUCCAGAUCAGUGAUGAUGAGAGAAGUUCCUUCACUGUGCUGAUGACUGGACUGAGACUCACUGAUUCUGGCUGGUACUACUGCUCUGCUGGAGAUCUGCAGGCUCCUGUUCAACUCACAGUCACUGAAGUCAAAAGAGCUACACCAUCUCACUCUAAAACUGACAUGCACACAACUCACCCAACAACCAACAUGAAUCCUACAACUAUGACAGCUUCAAGACCUGUGACAGAUGUAGCUGAAACCCAUCCAGCUCGAACAGCAGCCACAAAGACUCUUAACAGUGAAAUACACAGCACGGAUGAGAAAAACAAGCAUGAUGUGAUUCUGGUCAUGUUUCUUCCAGCGAUGCUUGUGCUCUUACUGUUUGUAACUCUUGUUGCCAUAGUAACCUGUAGACUGAGAAAGAAACCAGAGAGAAGUCAAACUGGAGAAGAACAUUUUAACAGCACCAGAAAUACAAUGACAUCCAACAGUCCAGCAAAUGCUAAUCCUUCUUCAUCAGUGAACUCAGAGGUUGAAGUGAUCUACAGCUCUGUGAAAAUAUACCCAAGGCUGUGAGUUCUUAACAAGAGGUGUUACUUCUGCUCCCUCUAAAUUAAGUUAUGAAAAAGUGAAAGUCAAUCAUGGUUAAUUAAUAGUAAAUCUACUUUACAGUUUCAGUUUUAAACAGUGUGAAGUUUCGGUGCUUAACAUAUGUACCUAUACAUGUAACUGUGACAGUGUUCUUUUUUAAAAUAUAAGCUAGUUGCCAAUACUGUGAAAACAAAAUAAUUCAAGCCUUACAGUAUGUAGUUAUGAAGUACAUUUCUUAAGCACAUCUGCAUAUUACAGGUAUAUUCCAAAAAAUUAAUUAAUGACCAAUCAACACUUGUAUUCCUUUUUUGAAUCCAAAUUAGGGCUACAUAGCCUAACGUUUAGGCUUACAUACAGUAAAUCUGGUUUUGUUGGUUGUCAUUUUAAUUAUUUUAUUUUUGUAAUUAAAAAAUUUAUUCAUUUUAAUUGUGCAUUGUAAAAAGCCAAUGCAUGAAAUUGUUUAUAUAGUUUGUAUUGUUUUCUUAAUGUUAUCCACAUUUUGUUUGUGGCACCGUCUGCUGGUGAAUUUUAACCCCCACUGCAAGAGUGACAUCAUUUUUGUGCGUUUCAAUACAUUUUUUCAAUAAAUUUAAAAAUAAACAAUUUUCAAAACACACAAUUAGUCCAGCUUUUAGGAUCUCUUAACAUGUCCAAGAAUUGUGGUAUUGUCAAUGUCACUUUUUAAAGGCGUUGUAUGAUGCGAUUUCAAUUUUUCCUUUCUCUUUGGAGUGUUACAAGCUCUUGGUGCAUGAAGAAGAUCUGUAAAGUAGCAAAGACUAAAGUCUCAAAUCCAAAGAGAUAUUCUUUAUCAAAGUUAAG